GUAGGACAGGCUUCCUGUGUUUUAAAUGAAUGGCACAGGAUUCAGCCCCGCUUUUCAGAGAGAAGUGCAGCGCUGUUUGCUCAUGGAAUGGAUCAGCGGAGAUCCUCUCCACACCAGCGUGUUUACUCGUCGUUCUCUUGUAGUAGAAAAGCAUUGUGUUUUUCCUGAAGACUAUGAGCUCCCUGGUAGCGUAUGAGGACUCUGAUUCAGAGGAGGACAGGUCUGGACAGGCCAGCCCAGCUCGCCAGGCAGCUGCUACCUCUGGUGUUGAACUCCAGCUCGCUUCUGGGCUCCCUGCUGGUGGAGAUGCAGGGUCUGUCAGAGGAAAGCCUAGCAGUGCAUCUGGCAGCAGCUCUACCCUUCACCUAGCUCCUGAUCUCCAGUAUAGAUGGAGGGAGGGAGAACGCAGGGGUAGCAGAGAAACUCUGACGCUGAACCCUCCUAAGAGAUUCCCUACAGACCCAUGGACCAGACAAGCGUCUUCAUAUGCCUAUCCUGAAAGCAGCAGAGAAACGGAGCAAGGCCACGCAGUGAAGGGUGAAAACACUUCUCUAAACACACAGAAGAGGCCCGCGCAGCAGCCACAGAUUGUCCCAGGACGGGUUAAGCCUUACGUACCCAAAAGGAUGAGGCUGAGGCAGCUUGAUAUAUGUGAUGCAGAGCAUGCAUCAGACUCAGAGCUUCAACCAGACAGCCAGCACAAUUCCGGACUGCUAAGCCAGGUUUCUCAAAGUGUCAAACCUUAUUUAGACUCAAAGUACAGCUGUACAGAAAUCCCCCAGCGGCUCCUGUUCAAGUUGCUGGAACACCAGGGCCCGGUAAAUCAGAUCCAGUGGUGUCCAGUGCCACAGUCCAGCCACCUGCUGCUCUCUGCUUCCAUGGACAGAACUGUAAAGGUUUUGAUUGUGGUGGCUCGUGCGUGCCUGCAGGGUGCAGCGAGUGGCUGGGAACCGAUCGCUCGCUACUGUACGACCCCAUUAGAGAAGGCCAGGAAUUGGGUUCCUUUGAAGGCAGAACGAAAGAGGCUGACACGCUGUCCGGUCUGGGACGCGGUGGACUCGGGCCGCUGUUGGAAGACCUAUUCAUCUCACAGCGGGGCGGUCCGGGAUGCCUGCUGGUCCUCCUGCGGGAGGAACAUUCUCAGCGGCUCCUUCGACACCACAGCUCAUCUGACCGAUGUGGAGACAGGCCAGCGGUUGGCUGAGCUGAGGAACGAGUUCAGGGUGUGCUGCCUGGCGCUGCAGCCCAGGGAUCCUCACGUCUUCCUGUGUGGAGGCUUCAGCUCCGAGGUUAAAGCCUGGGACUGCAGGAGCUGCCAGGUGAUCCGCUCGUACAAGGCUGGGAUACAACAAACCCUGGACAUUGUGUUCCUUCCAGAGGGCAAGGAGUUCAUCACCAGCACAGACUCCGUGAGCAGAGACUCAGCUGACCGGACCCUCAUCGCAUGGGAUUUCCAAACCACUGCAAAGGUCUCCAAUCAGAUUUAUCAGGAGCGCUAUACUUGCCCAAGCCUGGCCCUUCACCCUAAAGAGUCCGUGUUUGUUGCGCAGACUAAUGGCAACUACAUGGCUCUGUUUUCAGCACAGCGUCCGUACAGAAUCAACAAGAAGAAGCGCUACGAAGGACAUAAGGUCGAGGGGUACGCAGUUGGCUGUGAGUUCUCUCCGGACGGAUCUCUCCUGGCCACAGGCAGUUCGAACGGUGUGGUUCAUUUCUAUAACUAUCUGACCUCCAGGGUUGUCAGGACUCUGCCUGCCCACCAACAAGCCUGCGUUUGUGUGACCUUUCACCCCGUCCUGCCAGCCAUCACUGCAACAUGUGACUGGAGCGGAGAAAUCAAUACCUGGCACUGAUAGGAGAUAGGAGCCACUGGAGCACCGCUCAGAGCUCCCAUAUGCACUGGAACAUCACGUGCUAUUAAUGCAAACAACGAACGCUGCUGCUUCUGUGUGUCCAUGGAACAAGUUACUGUGCUUUUCUAUUUUAAUAUAAAAAAAAAAAAAAAACAGCAGCAUCAUUGUACUUACAUCCUGUUUAUUUAAUGUGUAUCUGUUAUACAUCAGAAGUUCUGAUUCAACCAGGAUAAAACAAUGGAUUAUUUGAGGAUUUUAAUAUUCAUAUUAGCUGGUAACUGUAUAUCUAUCUGUCUAUAUUUUUCUACUGUAUGUGUUUAGUUUUUCCCAGCAUUUUAAAUAGAACGACACACAAUGGAAAUUCAA